AGGUGGUCCUGUGCCGAACGCAGGUCGAUCGAGAUGUUAUUUUGUCGCUUUUAAGUCGUUUUUGAUUCGUUACAGCCUCGAUCUGGGUUGCGAAUAAACCUACAGUAAGAUAUAUUUAACGUUUCGAUCUCUUCUCCUGCGUUUCCUUGUGCUCGCUGUUUAUUUUUGGUAAAAAGGGGCUGAGUCACGUUACUUCCUGGUUGAAGCGCGCUGGGGGGCUGGAGUGACUGCGUGGCUGAAAGAGAGAGAGAGAGAGAGAGAAAAUAUCGCUGACACGUGGAUGAUCGCUAAUCAGGAAAAGCAAGAAGCACCCGUUCAGAAUCGCAGGCGGUAAAAAGGAAGCUGCUGAAGAGGCGCUGAGGAGCCACACAGAGAUGAUGUUACUGCGAGGUAACUGCGAGCCUAAGACUACUUUAACGCUGGUCUGUCUAAAGAACUAAAACUCGGAAGACGUCACGAAGAAAGGAAGAAAAGAAGGCGGCGAAAAGAAGAGAAAGAAGCUUCUUGUUGAAUGGCAAUUCUACAAAAGCAUGGCAAGAACUCCAGUCCAGACCUGGCCGGUGUUAAAGACAGCCACGAGAAUUUGGAAGGAGUUGGACAUCAGAAAAAGUGGCCCGAGUCAAAUCAGACCUGGACCAGGCCGGUAGCACGGAUAUGGACGGUGGUGCUGCUGUUGGGUACGUGUCUUCUGUACUGCGCCCGUGUGGCCAUGCCGAUCUGCGCCGUGAGCAUGGCAGAGCGCUUCGGCUGGUCCAAAAGGGAGUCUGGCAUGGUUCUUGGCAGCUUCUUCUGGGGCUACUGCUUCACUCAGGUCCUCGGUGGCUACAUCAGUGACAGGGUGGGAGGAGAAAAAGUCAUGUUGCUGUCUGCUACAGCAUGGGGAGCCAUGACAGCAUUCACGCCCAUCCUGGCCCACUUCUGCUCGCAGCCCAUUCUCUCCAUGACCGUGUCUCGCUUCCUGAUGGGCCUUCUGCAGGGUGUUCACUACCCAUCUCUGGCUAGUCUGUGCUCCCAGAAAGUGGUGGAGAGUGAGCGUGGUUUUCUCAUGAGCACAGUGGGGAGUGGCUCGUAUCUGGGAACUUUGGUGAUUGGAGGAGUAGGCUCGCUCAUGCUGGACCUGUAUGGCUGGGAGAGUGUGUUCUACAUCUCAGGCCUCCUGUCGCUGCUUUGGGCCUACUGUAUGUGGAAAUACCUCCUCAAGGGAGAAGGUCCCAUCAUUACACUGGAAUCACUGGGCAGCGCAGGGACCCAGUCCAAACUGUCACGCAGAAACUGGAUGCGUCUCUUCAGACAACCGGCUGUAUGUGCGGUCAUUAUUACACACCUGUGUGCUGCUAGCACCUUCUUCACCCUGUUGUCCUGGCUGCCAACUUUUUUCAAAGACACCUUCCCUGAUUCCAAGGGUUGGAUAUUUAAUGUGAUCCCAUGGCUCGUGGCCAUUCCUUCCUCGCUGUUCAGUGGCUGCUUGUCCGAUCACCUCAUCAGUCAGGGGUUUGAUAUUGCUUCAGUGAGAAAGUUAAUGCAGUUCUUUUCUAUGGGUGUAUCCAGUGUGUUUACACUGUUGCUGUGUGGCACCACUACAUUCCCCAUGGCUGUGGCUUUCGUGUCUGCUACCAUGGGCCUGACCACCUUCAGUCACAGUGGCGUGUCCGUUAAUGUUCAGGAUCUUGCACCGUCCUGUGCUGGUUCUCUGUUUGGUGUGAUGAACACUUGUGGUGCAUUUUCAGGGGUGAUUAUGGUGUAUUUCUCGGGUUAUCUGAUCGAGGCCACAGGGUCGUGGGCCUCAGUUUUCGCCCUCAUCACCGUAGUGAACCUCUUGGGUUUAGGAAUGUUCCUGGCGUAUGCCGAGGCACGCAGGGUCGACAUCGAAGCCAUGAAGGGCCGCUAUCACAACAUCCACAUCUGAGCAAACUUGAACCCAAAUCAAAACUGUUGUAAUGAUGCGUUCUUGCAGACCGGGACACUACAGAUCCUUCAAGGACAGUCUGCACUUCAGAGGCAGCAUCUGGCAGCGUUGACUUAAUAGGUGCUGAAACCAGCUACACCAGUAUUUCAGUAUUAGCUUUUCCUCUCGAGUGUCUCGCAGUUAUGAGGAGACAAGUUACUGAAAACAUGACUAUUGUUACCUGUUGUAGUUUAGUCGAAUAUAAAGUAAUAUACAAUGAUUUGAAAAUGUGAUAUAAUGACUGCAUAUUUUGUUAAGGGUAAAGAUGCAUCGUCUUCGCCUUCUUUCAUUCAUUCCAUGCUUUCGUCCUUUCUUUAAUUGCUGUCGAGCGCUUUGGCUUGACAAAACUCAUCAUCGCUAUGACUUGGCAUCAUCAUCGCUAUCGGUGUGAUCAUUAACAUUGUUGUUUAUGGAGAUUUCUCCCAUGUUCUCCAUUGCUCAUGCUUCCAUUGCUCCAUUUGCUUUAGUUCCAUUGAAUUCAACGGAUGAUGCCUAAAGCCCAAAGAUAAUUUUUAUUAGAGUUAUUGAUAGUUUUUCAAUACAUAUGUUAUGCAUCAAUCUUUCACAUGUUCCAUAAUCCAUAUCUCAUGCUUUCAUACUUUGUUUUUCGGUCAAGUACCAAAGACCUUAAAAGCUGCUUUCAUGAGGUAGUUGAUGUAGCCUUGCAGCACUGUGUGGAGAGAGAGAGAGGGAGAGACAAUAGAGUUGUUCUAGUAGGAAAACUAGGUGAGAUUAGACAUAAGGGCGUGUCAAAAUGUGAACAGUCUGUUUGGACGUUUUAACGAGAUUCCUUUAUGACUGCUCUUAUCUUUUCUCUCUUGUGGGUAGGUGAUAAUUUAUAGUUACAAGUAUUUAUUUGAAAGAUACCAUCAUCCAUUGUGGUUUAAGAGUGCGCAGAGUUGAGCGCUUGAUGACAAAGUGUCUUACUAAAGGGUCCAACAGUGAAAUUUUGGGAAUUUAAACUCUCAAAACUUUUAGGCAAUAUCGCACAUAUCACUUCCCCUGAAAUCGUUAGAUGUGCGUUUGUAAGAUGCUGGUAAGACAAAGUCUCUCCAGUAUAGAGAACAAAUCUGAAAAACCUUUAUUCUAAGGACUGUGAAUGUUACUUCCUUUAUGAUUUUCAAAUGGUUUAGACCAAAUAUAUUUUGUAUUCAAGUCAAAUGUUUUUUAUGAUUGUGCUUAGCAGCAGAUCAAGACGCAUAUGAUCAUGUUAAAGAAGCACAAUUUGCUUUAACAUGCAAUGGCUGUACCAAAAAUAAUGCCCAAGUGGGCAUAACUGUUUUGUUAACUAAUAGGUUGUUUAAAAA